AUGUCGGAGGAGUGGGAGCUUGACGAGGCCAGCGGGCUGUGGUACAAAGGUGCAGACCGCAGCCAGCCUUAUGCAUCCGACUGGACUCCAGUCCCCAUGGGCCCGGAACCAGUCUUGGAGAAGGCCCGGGCUCUGGCCGCCCGCGUGCUCGUUGCAGGGAUGACCACCAUAUCUGGGGAGGGCUUCCCGCGCUCUCGCUUAGUGUCGCCUGGAGAGAAAUAUGUGGCCAAGGACUUCUCAUCCGUCACCGUGGCGACUCGCCAGCGGACGCGGAAAGUGGAAGAUAUCCUGACGCACGGUCACAGCAAAGUUUGCCUAUUUUGGCAAGACACGCAGUCCGACAAACAGUCGGCUUGGCUGUGUGCGAUUGGUGAGGCGAGCGUGGCGAUGUCUGAUGUUGACGACAAGGCCACUGUGACCGUUACCGUGCAGCGUUUGGAAAUGCAGGACUACGGCAGCCACAUAACUGCAAACGGCCACGACAGCUGGAAACCUGCAAUCCUUGAGCGUGCAGAUGGUGCCUGGAACCGCAUCUGCUAA